CCCCACAGUUUCCCGUAUUUCGCGUGGAGGUGCCCUUCGAGUCACACCUGUGCUCCUUUCUCCUUCGGCAGACUCCAUUUGAACGAGGAGGAAAAUGCAUUUCCCACGCUUCCUCAUCCUCAUCGUGACCGCGCUGGUCACGGCGGGAUACGCCGUCGCCACCCCGGCGGGAUUCGCCGUCGCCACACCGGCGGAACAUUCGCCCGACGAGUUUCGACCCUGGAGGCACCACCAGAAUCACGCGCAGGAGUACUGGCACGAGGACCAUUAUCAACCGUACUACUUCCACAAAAACUUGAGGGUGGUGAAGCCGUACUUCGGGAAUCAGGGACACCAUGCCUACCGGACGGCCACGCAUUUCGGCGGGUUCGGCCGUCGUCGUCGAUGAGGAGAGAACGUGUCGAUCGUUUUAGAAACGUCUGCAAACGUGUCGUCUCGGCGAUUUAGAAUAAAUUUGCGUGCGGGAAUGACAUUUUUGAAUACGUUUUUCGUGGAUUCGGGCGAAGUCCCUCGAUUUCGAUGCGGUCCUCCUUCUCUUUUAAGGGAAGAGAGAGUCGGUGGAUGGAAAAGUAUUCGUGUUUGUAGACCCGAUAUAAGUCUGAAUAAAGUAACUAGUGAGCCUACA